AUGAAAUGGCUCACGCUUAUUUCACUUGUUGUGGGGGGUCCAUUUUGUGCGUGGAAAUUUCGGUCGUUGACUCUCUUAGGAGUAGAAGAAGAAAGUAAGGUCAACCUAGCCGUGAUACGAAAUGACGUGCUACCUGGUACAAGGUCAUCUUUACGACCUGUACAUGUUGUAGAUUCUCAUUCUCGUCGGAGCAGCAGCCCUAUGGCCGACAGAAAAACAUCUACAUUACCAUUAGUUGACUCAGUGGGUGAGGCUGUCGAUGCCGAAGCUACUCAACGCCGCGGUAUAUAUCCAAGGACAGCUGCACACGAAGCAGCAAGUAGUCAUUUAGGAGCCGGGCCCCUGACGUUCUUUUUCAACAAUCCUGCUCACCAACAUGAUCAACCACACAAAAACAAUCAAGAGGAGCGUGAUGAAGUCCUGCCCACGUCCAGUAUGAAGCCAGCCUCGCCGGCUGGAACUGUCAUGGUAGAAGGACUGCGACAAGGUGCUGAACAGCAAACUCCUACUACGACACUUCCUCUCCCUCUAUCAUUGACAACUAUACCUCCGCCAGGAGCUAUGAAGAGCUCUACAACGACUGGUGCUGCGUUUCGUAGGUUAUCGCGUGUCACAGAUUGCUCCUCACGCGCAGAUUCGUCAGAGUCCUUCGUUCGGGCAGCUAGUGUGAUGUCGACAGGCUUUUCCAGGCCUCCCCCAGAACUACCUGAGGGCAGUGUGGCAGCAGCAGAGGCACAAAACGAAGAAGCGCGGGAGAAACUUCGGGAAAAAUUGUUAGGCUGUUGGCCUUUGCGGUACAAGAACGAUUUCAUUUUGUCGUGGCCGGAAGCACAGUCAUUUUGGUGGAGACAUGAGUUCGGUGCACAAUGGGAAGAAGCAGCGAGUGUUUGGGAGAAAAUUUCUGUCUUGUGGAAGUAUGUGAGCUCAGGGGGUGUUGACC